AUGAACUCCCUUUUCAAUUCAGCACUCAAGCAGUCUUCUGCUAUCCGCCGCGAUCUGGACACAUUCUCUCAGUCCCCCGCAACAACAUCUGCAGCUUUACAAGGCCAGAUUGCAGCUUCCUUGGCGUCGCUAUCACGGACUAUCGAUGACUACUCCGCCUUGUCCAAGAAGGAACUGAUACCUGAGAAGCAAGAAAAGGCGUUUGAAAGAGUCAAGAACUUUCGCGCUGAGCUUGCGGAUUACAGGACACACUUUGAUCAACUCCGAAAGGAGCGGGAAGAAGCUCAAUCCGUGACAAAUCGCAACGAGCUGCUGGGCCGACGACCACACCACGCUGCGACUCCCGAGAACCCGUACGCGCAACCGUCCCUCCCGCAAUCUUCGCCUUUCGCAAACCCUUCAUCAUCCCGCUCAGGUCUCAGCUUUGGAGCAUCACCGGCGGAUUACAACAGGGAGACGCAUGCGCUCCGAGAGCAAUCCUUCUUUGCCAACACGAACUCGCAACUUGAUGAAUUUCUUGAUCGAGGCCGCGCUGUUCUGGCAGACCUUGGGCAACAACGCGAGGUGCUGAAAGGCACGCAGCGCCGGCUAUACAGUGUUGCGAAUACCUUGGGGGUGAGUGGAGACACGAUUCGAAGGGUCGAACGAAGAGCAAAGCAGGACAAGUGGAUAUUUUGGGGUGGUGUUCUCGUUUUCUUCCUCUUUUGCUGGUUGGUAAUACACUUUCUGAGGUGA